AUGCCUCCACUGAAGAGGACUAACUCAUAUGUCCUCCCGGACCUGGAUUUCACCUUGAGGCGCCAGUUCAACAAGCCCGGUUUUAGACCUCAGCAAAAAGAAAUCAUACAAGCUUCUCUUGAUGGAAAUGAUGUUUUUGUGCAAGCAGCCACUUCAUUUGGCAAGAGUUUGUGCUUUCAACUCCCAGCAGUAGUGGAUCAAGGCAUUACCAUCGUCAUCUCACCACUGCUGAGUCUGAUGAUGAAUCAGGUAGAAGCUUUACGGGUCGCCGGUAUCAACGCCAGCUCACUGAAUAGCAACACGCCUCUAUCAGAAAAGGAUCGCAUCUAUAAGGAUCUGCAGACUGGUCACCCCCUGACGAGACUUCUUUACGUGACCCCUGAACUCUGCGCCCUGGACCGUUUCCGAGACCGUCUAAAGAUAGUCCACGAGCAGAGGGAGCUUGCUCGUAUUGCCAUCGACGAGGCACAUUGCAUCUCGGAAUGGGGCCACGAUUUCCGCAAGGACUUCAAGCGCCUCUGCUGGUUUCGCGAGUCCUUUCCAGACGUGCCCAUCAUGUGCCUCACCGCGACAGCCAACACACAGGUACGCCACGACGUACUAUCAACUCUUGGCCUGGACGAGAAAUCGGACCGUCUCAAGACCUUCACCAUGACGGCGUACCGUCCAAAUCUUCAUCUCGAAAUCCGCUUCACGUCAGACCAGGACGACCAGCGCCUCGAAGACUUCCUGAGAUGGAUCAGGGGCGUAUACACGCGCCGGGCCGGCGAGCCGCGCAAGUCCGAGCUCGGGGCAGGCGAGCGCGUAGACAACGUGCCGGGGAUUAUCUACACCAUCUCCCGCGACGAGUGCGAGAGCCUCGCCGCGGCCCUCCGCUCGGAGGGCCUAGGGGCGCAGCCCUUCCACGCCAAACUGUCCAAGGAAGUCAAGGAGCAGACGCUGGCGAGGUGGGUCGGCAACGCGCCGGGCUACGACAUCAUCGUGGCCACCACGGCCUUCGGCAUGGGCAUCGACAAGCUGAACGUGCGGUUCGUGGUCCACUGGCGCCUGCCCAAGUCGCUCGAGGGGUACUACCAGGAGGCCGGGCGGGCGGGCCGCGACGGCAAUGCCGCGUACUGCUUCCUGUACUACAGCCGCGAGGACCGGGACCGGGUCUCGAGUCUCGUCAUCCGCGACGGCCAGCAGAGCGGCAACGCGAGCAACUUCCAGGCGCGCGCGCGGAGCUUGCAGAAGCUGGCAGAGUACUGCGAGAGCACGAAUGCGUGCCGGCAUGCUCUGAUCUGCAGAUACUUUGGGGAGGCCGAGGUGCCCAGGUGCGACUAUGCCUGUGACUGGCACAAGGACGCGUCUGACCUCCAGAGGCGGUGGUUGAGAGGCUUGGCGAGUGAGGAGUUUGUGAGUACGCAGAGGGAGGAGGGCCGGUAUGAUGUCGACUGGUACGACUAA